AUGGAGCCUUUCGACCCGACGGUACCGGUGCAAAACGCCAGGCCGCCGCCGCCCGCCGAAGUGCAAUCCUCGCCCUCCGCAGCCGGCGCGAAGUCUGCUGUAGCAGAAACUUCAGCGCCAGGGGCCCAUACGAUUCCGCAAUCGCUAACUGCGACACCCGAAGGGCCUCCUGCCGAGCCGAACUUAUCGCCUAACAGACCCGAUAAUGUCAGCGCGGCUGUGAAUCCGCUAUCCCCCGCAAAAAGGCGCAAUUCGCAAGACCUUGCAAAAGCCGCAUCCAGCAUGGACAGCGGCGGCGCUGCGACGUCGAGCAACGGACAGGCGGAAGCGUCUCCAAAACGAUCCAAGACCGACCAUGGACCGGCUAAGAUGUUGCCUCUGAGAUACGAGUUCUGCGACACUGAGGACAUGGUCAUUCUGAUUGCAAACAUGCUUUCCGAGCUCAUCGAAACAAACGACUCUCUAGCCAUGAAAAGUGGGCAUCUCACCAGAUUUCACUCCAGGACAGCACCUGGAAUAUCAGUGGUGGACUAUCUACACAGGCUUGCAAAGCACGCUACCCUCACGCCUCCGCUGCUCCUUUCCAUGGUGUAUUAUAUCGAUCGGCUAUGCGCGCUUUACCCGGAUUUCACGAUCAACACCCUGACGGUUCAUAGGUUCCUCAUUACAGCGGCCACUGUGGCUGGCAAGGGCCUUUCGGACAGCUUUUGGAACAACUCGUUUUAUGCGCGAGUUGGAGGAGUCAAAGUUGCCGAGCUGAAACUGUUGGAGCUGGAAUUCUUGUACCGGGUCGACUGGAAGAUUGUACCCAACCCGGAAGUGUUGGUGGCUUAUUACAAAGGGCUUGUCGAGCGCUGCGACGGAUAUACCCUAGAGAAGGAUGGAGAAUCGAGCGACGGAGAGGGAGGAAGCUCGGAAGCGUUCGAAGAAGACAUGGAAGAUAUCGGACAGAGCGACGAGAGCGAUGAGGCUGCUGCAAUGAAAGGGGUGACUAGCUAA